AUGAAUCCAAAUCAGACAUCUACACCUACUAAUGUUGGUGGUGGUGGUGGUGGUCAUGCAGCAAUGCAAGUAUCUAACCAGCCAAACACCAAUGUAAUAACACCAUCGGUUAGUAUAGAUAUGCAAGCAAAACAACUAAAGAAACAUUUUCAACAGAUUCUUGUCACUGCAAACAAAGUCGUUAUAGAUGAACCAAAUAAACGUGUACAAUCUUGUUUGGAUCUAUCACAAAAGUUAGAAGAGUUUGAACUUUAUUGUGAUGAUGUAUAUGCUUAUAUUGAAAUUAAUAAACAAAAUAUAAUAUAUAAUAAUGUAAAUAAUGGUGGAUACAAUCGAUAUGAUAGUCCAGAGUCGUUGUAUCAGUCUUUGAAUGUAAGACUAUCGAGUGUUAAACAGACUAGAAAUACAGUGGAGAGAUUCUGCAAACAGUUGUCUACCGUACAGCAACAGUUGGCACAACACAACAAUAACUACAAAGAGAAUCAAAGAAAGAUACAAUUACAACUACAACAACAGCAACAACAACAACAACAACUACUCUUACAACAACAACAAGCAUUACUUCAAAAAGAUGAUAAUAACAAUAAUAAUAAUAAUAAUGUUGAAAUGGUGGAUCAACAGCAACAACAAUCUUUAACAACAACUGAACAACAACAACAACAACAACAAGAGCAACAACAAACUCAGCAACAACAGCAACAACAACAACAACAACAACAAUUACACCAAUCUACAAAUUCACCAUCUGUUUAUUCACCUUCUUUCUUAAAGAGUAGUACAGGUGAUCAACAAGGUACACCUUCGAUGAAUGUAGAGUCUGGUCAACACCAGCUUACUCCUUCGCAACAGGCAACCGGUGCUUUCAAUCCGUUGUCACCAGGCGGUUCUAUUAAUAUGCAGUCACCUUCGCCAGGUCUCAAGGAAGUAGAUAUGACAAUGACUGACUCGACAUAUUCUGUAGAUAAUCAACAACAACAACAACUUCAACAACAUCAUCAACAAACAGAACAAAUACAACAUGAACAGCAACAACAACAACAACAACAACAUGAACAAGGACUACAAGAACAAAUACAACAACAUGAACAACAACAACAGCAGCAACAACAGCAGCAACAAGAAGAAAAUCAAGAUGAUAUUGAUGAAAUUGAAAAGUUGGUGAAUGAACAACUACAAGAACAAGAAGAAGAGGAAAAGAGAUUACAAGAGCAACAACAACAGCAACAACAACAGCAACAACAACAGCAACAACAACAGCAGCAGCAGCAGCAGCAGCAGCAGCACGAACAAGUAGAUCAACAACAGCAACAACAAGAAGAUAUGUCAAAUCAAGUAGAUAUGAUCGAUGUAGAUAAUACAUUUGAAGAAGUUUAUAAUAGAGGUGAGAUUGUUGAUUUGGAUGCCGAAGAGAAACCAAUGACAACCGAUGAAAUUGAAGGAAAUCUAAAUGAUAUUAAUCAUGACAAUCAAAACCAAUCUGAUACACAACAACAACAACAACAACAGCAGCAACAAGAGCAACCACAACAACAACAAACAGAUUUAUCAAACAACACAGGUGAUCUAGACGAUGAAAUCGAAAUGGAAGAGGUCAUGGAGGAGGUAGUUGAAGUUAAUCCAGACGAUAUGUCCACUGUCCAAGAUGUCGACUUUAGUAAUUCAAUGAUAGAUCAGUUAACUGAUGAACAUCAACAAAACUUAUAA